GUAAUUAUUCUAAACAAGUUUACGAAUUAAUUGGAGUUAAAGUAUUAGAAAAGACAUCAGACAAGACAGGAGCGGGUAAACAUGCGGGCGAUACUUUUUAUGGGUUAAAUAUCACUUGCGAAAAUCGGCCCGAGGUUAAACAGGUCAAAGUUUUUAAAGAUAAGGUUGGGACUUAUGGCGGUGUUUCGCAAGAAGAAAUCUGA